CUGGUACCAUCCUGUUAUACCAGAACUGGGUCCAGCUCAGAACCAGAACCAGAACUACUGAGACAGACCGGCCCAUUAAUAUUAUGAUGAUGAUGAUGUUGUGGUGAAGACACGUGAUCCUUGCGGUCCUUCGGGUCUGACGUCACCCCCCCUCUGAGUCCAUCAUGGAGUGAGGAGGAGGAGGAGAUGGGGAUCGUGCGGUGCCUUCCUCCCCGACACCAGAACCUCCUGCUCGGUCUCAGCGUUCCCGGCCCGGUCCGGAGGAGGCGGCGGGGCUGAAGGAGGAGGACGAUCCGAUGGGAGGAGGAAGAGGAGAAGGAGGAGGAGGAAGAGGAGGCAGAACCGCAUCCGCCGCUCGCUGCGGAACCAUGAAGACGCCGCACCGCGCGGCGGCCGCGGCAGCUCGACCCAAGCGGAGCUGAACCGGAGAAGAUGAACGAGGAGCCGCGGCCCGACGAUGACAGCUACAUCGUGCGGGUCACGGCGGUGGUGAUGACCCGGGACGAGUCCAGCGGCGGCUGGCUGGCGCUGGACGGCUGCCUGAGCCGGGUCGGGGUCUGCCGGCUGCGGCCCGACGGGCUGCAGGGCCGGAACAGCUUCCUGAUCCACGGGGAGCGCCUCAAGGACCGGCAGGUGAUUCUGGACUGUUUCUUAAAGAAAGACCUGGCCUACACAAAGGCCACGCCCACCUUCCACCACUGGCAGGUGGACAAUAAGAAGUGCGGCCUGACCUUCCAGUGUUCGUCCGACGCCCGCGCCUUCGACCGCGGCGUGAGGCGAGCGCUGGAGGACCUGGCAGAAGGUUCCACCACGUCUUCAUCGACGCUGCAGAACGAAGCCGAGCUUGGGGACGACGACGUCUUCACGACGGCCACCGACAGCUCGUCCAACUCGUCUCAGAGGAGAGAGCCCGCCAUGCACGCGGCGCCGGCUCACUUCUGCGAGCCGCGCCGGCACCACUGCAUCCUGGGACAUUUCUAUGAGCACCACCGGCCCUCGGACCACUACUUCCUGGACCCGGCGGUCCACAUCUUUCCUCGUCACGCCAGCUUCCCUCUGGAGGAGGAGGACAUCGUUCGCUUCAGCCCCCGUGAGCGCAGCUGGCUCACCGGCUACGAGGACUACCGUCACGCCAACGCCACGCGAGACAAGCUCCCGCAGCUGCGCAACCCGGACACCUGCGUGCAUUUCACCAAGAGCGACGCGCCGAAACGCGACUACACGUACCCGUACCCGCUGAGCUGCGGCGUGCAGCGGGGCUUCGACAGCAAGCCGGGCCGCCUCGAGGCGGGCGGCGGCCGCAGGGCGGUGGUGACGCUGCAGCCGCGGCCUCCGGCGUCCAAAGGGAAGUGUCACAUGGAGGACGGGGAGCGGCUCCGCUGCGUCUACUGUCAGGACAUGUUCAACCACGAGGACAACGGGCGGGGCCAGUGCCAGGAGGCGCCGGACCCCAUCCAGACCUGCAUCCGCCGGGUCAGCUUCAUGUGGUGCGCCGACAGCCUGCUGUACCACUGCAUGUCCGACCCGGAGGGCGACUACUCGGACCCCUGCUCCUGCGACACCAGCGACGAGCGCUUCUGCCUGCGCUGGGCGGCGCUGGUCGGCCUGUCGCUGCUGGCGCCCUGCAUGUGUUGCUACGCCCCCCUGAGGGCGUGCCACCGCUGCGGCGUGGCCUGCCGCUGCUGCGGCGGCAAGCACAGGGCCGUGGGCUGAGCCGCGCAGGCCCCGCCCACUCCACAGAGACCGUCACCGCUGUUCUUUCUGUUGUUGAUGUGGUUCAUCUGUAGAAGGAAGUGAAACUUCGUGUCAACCGUUGUGCUUUUUCUGUCACUCUGAGGACCAAAUGAAGAAAAUGUCUCCAUGAAAGUUUGGAUAUUUGGAGGCGCCAGGUUCACCUGGAGAACGUCCAGCAGGAUUCCUGCAGGUCAGUGAAGGUGGAGCUGCUGUUCAUCUGGAAGAAGCUGCUUCAUUCUCUUGUUCAGACAGAAUAUCACAGCAACUCAGACAUUUAUUCUACACAGAGGGAUAUUUCUGAUAUUUCUGGCUUACAGCUAAUAAGAUUCAAAAUGUUAUUCAGAAAAUUAGAAAAUUUCAUUUCCAAAAAAGAAAGAAAAAAAAAUCCCCCAAACCUUCAGAUGAGCUCUUCACUGUUCUCUCAGUGUUGUUGCUUGUUCACCUUUUCUACACACUUUCUCCUUCCACUCAAUUUUUCCUUAGUAGUCUUGUACAGUGGUGUGUGUUAGCCACCGCCUCCUAAGCUUUUGCAGCUUUCCCUCCUUGUUGUCAUGGCAGCAGGCUUCCUCAUGACACAACUGGAUCGUUUUAUUGGUCUGGUGGUUCGGGUUUUUCAGAAUCUGAACAAAACAUCUUUAACUGGACGUUUAUCCCUCUGUGUGGCAUAAAUAUGAGACCUGAUUGAAAUUUAAUAUUUCAUCUUUCUAGAACUUAACUUGGCAUUUUGGAAAAAUAAAGUAAACAUUAGUCACUGAAAAGUCCAAGAUGGCCGCCAUGGUGGUGAAGGAGAAAAUAUGUUUGCACUAUAAUCAGCAGUGGCCACAGCUAACCAAAAACUUCCAUUUACUAAUGACGUAUUCGUUAAACAAAAACCUUAGCUCAGCUACACUAAAGACAUAAAAACAUUAGCAGAGCUAAUGCUAACCUGCUAAACACAAAAAAUUAGCAGAAGCUAACCAUUAAGUUGCUAACUUGUAUGAACAGGAUGACCAAAUUUAAAAACAAUUGGACUUGGAUGACAUAAAAUUCAUCCAAGUCAUGAAAAUGGUAACAAUAACUGGUUUAAAAGGCUCAAAAAUGAUGACGGCCAUCUUGAAAAAUAGUCGUCACCCUGAAAUUCAAGUAGCUGGUGGGAAAAAUGAAAAACCUAAGACCUGAAUUUUUAUGCUUGUAUCCACACUGGAAUUUUUUUACAGUAAAAUGAUGCAUUUAACUGUUUAUAAUAAUGGAGAAUCUCCUGGUUUAUCACCAACACACACACACAUAUAUAUACACACACAUAUGCACACACCAUGGCGGUAUGUAAAGUGUGUCAGCAGAGGCGCUGUGGUGAAAACCAGCCGGUGAGUCCUCAGCUCAGCUGCUUGGUUCUGGAGCAGGCCGUCCAAACACCACGAGGAUUUUUGGGCCCAGAUUCCUGAGAAUUGAUGAUUUUGACCCAAGUGGCGUAAAGUCUGGAGGAGCGUUGCUGCUCUGCUGCCUGGAGCCCAGCAGAGGCGCUGCAGCAGAUAACAGGAACACAUGCGGAUGAUCACAAUCCGGGUUAAAGAACAGCUAACAGAAAUCAGAGCUGAAGUUUGAAAUCUAUUUUUUUAUUGGUGUAAUUACAGUUCCCCCAGCAUUUCAGAGCAAGGUUAUAACGUAUAUUAAUACAGGUUAUAACGUAUAUUAAUACAGGUUAUAACGUAUAUUAAUACAGGUUAUAACGUAUAUUAAUACAGGUUAUAACGUAUAUUAAUACAGGUUAUAGCGUAUAUUAAUACAGGUUAUAACGUAUAUUAAUACAGGUUAUAACGUAUAUUAAUACAGGUUAUAACGUAUAUUAAUACAGGUUAUAGCGUAUAUUAAUACAGGUUAUAGCGUAUAUUAAUACAGGUUAUAACGUAUAUUAAUACAGGUUAUAACGUAUAUUAAUACAGGUUAUAACGUAUAUUAAUACAGGUUAUAACGUAUAUUAAUACAGGUUAUAGCGUAUAUUAAUACAGGUUAUAGCGUAUAUUAAUACAGGUUAUAGCGUAUAUUAAUACAGGUUAUAACGUAUAUUAAUACAGGUUAUAACGUAUAUUAAUACAGGUUAUAGCGUAUAUUAAUACAGGUUAUAGCGUAUAUUAAUACAGGUUAUAACGUAUAUUAAUACAGGUUAUAGGGUAUAUUAAUACAGGUUAUAACGUAUAUUAAUACAGGUUAUAACGUAUAUUAAUACAGGUUAUAACGUAUAUUAAUACAGGUUAUAACGUAUAUUAAUACAGGUUAUAGCGUAUAUUAAUACAGGUUAUAACGUAUAUUAAUACAGAUAUUUUUGAUGCAACAUAAGCUACAGAAACUGGGCCUUAAUGGCAGCAGCAGGAAGCAGUCGACUCAAGUUUUACACCCAACAUCGGGUCAGAACCCAGUGGGGAAACGAUCCAGACGUUUGUUCAGAUAUAAAUUUAUUGAUGUUUCUGGGCUGAAUGUGUUUUUAAGUAUAGCUUGACAUCGGGACGAAUGGCGUUUGGGAAAUUCAUUUGUGGUUUUUAAGUUUAACGGACGAUGAGUUCCGGUCCGGUCCGGUCCGGUCCAGUCCGUGAGGCCUAGCUUAGCAGCGCCUGCUAGCUCUUAGCUUCCUGGUUGUCCUUGAUGUUCUUGUGCAAAGUGAUCCAGUUCCUGUAAAAUCAUUAGCGAUGCUAGCAGUUAGCAUUGUGCUAACAUAGGCCACAUGGUGCUGCAGCUGAAAUGUUCUGCUGAAGCUCGGUGGCAAACAGGAAGUCAGGACAAGAUGAGGUCAGUUCCAUCUGCUUUUCCAGACGUUUCCUGGUACAGACUGUAAAGUUGGUGGAAGGAAAACAUCUGUGAAAACUGUCGGCGAUGGCCUUGCAGUAAACAGUCUGGUCAGAGCGCAGCAGCUGGUUCCCAGUCUGGUUCCCAGUCUGGUCAGAAUGCAGCAGCUGGUUCCCAGUCUGGUUCCCAGUCUGGUCAGAAUGCAGCAGCUGGUUCCCUCCAGAGAGAAGCAGCAGUCUGGACCGUCAUGUCCGCCGUCAGAGAUGAGUCCCCAAUAAAAAAUUAAGCGUCGAACAGGAAGUGUGUCCGGCGUCUUGAGAAGCCACUUCCUGUCCGUGUGUCGGCCGGCGGUGGCUCUCUCCAGGGAAAGUGCCUGAAGCCUCUUCAUCAUGUCUUCAUCAGUCUAAUAACUAUGAUGAAAAAAACGAAGGUGCAGUCCACCAGUUUGUCUUUUUAUACAUAAUUACAUUUAUACCAGUGUAAAAACUGAAUAUAUGAAUAUAUACUGUAUAUGUAUAUGUAUCAGGUCAGCAAUGUACAUUUUUCAGUUCUAUUUUUUUAUUGUUUCUAAAAUGAUGGAUGUCAAAGAUACAAAGAAAAAGACUAAAAUCUGAAAAAUAAAAUAAAAGCUCAAAUCUACUGAGUUUGUUUUGAUUUUACUGACAGCGACUCGUUAUGCAACAAGUCCAAGUUAAAAAUGUUCACCAGCACAGAGUUUCCAGGUGAAGGAGGUCAGGUUCCCAGUCUGGUUCCCACACAUGCAC